AUGCUCGUCGCUGCGGGGCUAAGCACACUACUACAUCCACCGUAUCUGAAUCAACUACCACAUCUUCGGAAGUGAAGUUACUCGACACUAAGCCCACUACCACCACUACACCCUACGACCCCCCUGCCACCCCCACUCCUACUCCCACUCACACUCACAAACACGAUCCUUCGCCUACUUCCAGCGAGGAACCAGCCACAACUUCGAAAGGUGGUGAUACGGGCGGUCAGACAUUCUCCGGUGAUGGUACCUUCUACGCUACCGGACUUAAUGCUUGUGGUGGCGUUGACCAUGAUUCUGAUAUGAUCGCUGCAGCCUCUCAUUUGUUAUGGGCAGACUUUGGCAGUCUAGACAACCCCAACAACAGCCCAAUCUGCGGCAGGUAUGUCAUCGCAUCCUACGGCGGCAAAUCUGUUAGGGUGAAAAUCACAGAUGAGUGCAUGGGGUGCGCCAAGUACUCUCUCGACUUUUCCCCUGAUGCAUUUAAGUUAAUGGCGAACCCCGAUCUUGGGCGUAUCAAAAUCACGUGGAGAUGGGCUUGAUCCGUCCAACUCUGGAUCCACAUUUUGCAUCGUGGACGAUAUCAAUCACUUGCCAUAACAUCAUCAAGCCGCUUGCUCCUUCAACUCCAAUCUAUCGCGUAUAUCCUUUUGCCCUUUCCUUUCUCAGUUCUCUGGGUGACUUGCCAUGUAUCUGAAGUCGGCCGGUCUGACUUUCAACUCUAAUCGCCUUUUACCUUCUUUUUACGCUACAUUUGCUCUUUCAUGGCACAAUGGCAUUCGUAGUUCUAAGUUGAGCCUUUCGCACUAACUAUACUGAGGCCUGGUUACGGGUGGCAGUGGUAUGGCUGUUGUCAGCUGCGGCUGCGCAUAAAAGGAUCACCACAAGAACAAAGGCCUCCUAACGAAGUUGAAAUUGACAUUGUGUGGGAAUUGCUCGC